UCCAAAGCAAGCAAACGAAGCGAUCUAAAGGUUAAAAAUAAAAUUAAUUCCCACUUAUUUUGCAUGGUUAUUCGUUCAAUUAAGUUUACUGUUUACCUGUAGCAUGAUUGAUUGCAGAUUUUUUGAAGACUGUCAUGUGUUUCUGAUGUCAGAUCAUUUUCAUAAAUUAAUUUUGCCAUGACUGAUGUUUUUGCAUGUGAAUUUUCAGAAAGGAUUUUGUUAGUUUGUUGAAACCUGCAGGAUUUGUUCAAUCUUGUUUUCUGACAGAGCUAAUAUUUCAGAUGAUGAUUUGGAUCAUGGUGAUAGUGAAGGCAGAAAAUUAUGUGACAAGCAGACGUCAUCGACUGCCACUCCUGAAAUUGGUGAAAUGCCUACUAGUACACCUAGUGACAUAUCCAGUCCACCUAGCAACGUUCCAAAUUCUGUCCCUUCAACUUCCUCACGUAAUAGAUUGGGGAAAAGUGGAGGCCAAAAAUAUACUCAAAGAUCUUUUUUUGAGGAAUCAAAAACUGUCCACUCAUGUUUCAGCUGUCCAGAAAAUUUAUGUUCCAGUGUAAAAAAGGUGCCAUAUCAUCAAUGCCAUCUUCAAAAAAAAUUAAUCACAAUUGGCUUAAUGGGAAUUGGUGGUUGUGUUUUGUAGAGGGUGAAGGCAUGUUUUGUUUGGUAUGCCGCAAGCAUUCCAUUAAAAAUCCACAAAACCAAAAAGAAACUUUUGCAGCAUCACCUAGCGUACGGUUCAAAUUAGAUGCUAUUAAUACACACAAAAGCAGUGGUUUACAUUCAUCAGCUUUAGAAACAGAGAUGACACAGAAAGUUUCAUAUUUUCAUCAUGAGGUGACCAAAAAAUCUGAAGUCGAAAUGAGUGUUCUGGAGGGUGUUUUUGCUUCUGCAUAUUUCCUUAUGAAAAAUUUCAUUGCCAAUAGACAGUUGAUUCCUUUGCUUACUUUCAUAGAAAAGAUCUUCAAUGUAGAGACUUUGAAAUAUUUUCAACAUAGGUCAUCUAAGUGCCAAACUGAAAUUUUUACCACUUUAGGGGAGGCAAUGAGAGAAAUGCUUUUAAAUGAUGUUAGAAAGUCCCCAGCAUUCGGAAUUUUAACUGAUGAAGUGUGUUAUAUAUCUAUGACUGUAAAUUUGAUGACAUUCGUUCAAUUUUAUAGAUCAGAAAGUGAAUCAGUGUGUACCCAAUUUAUUUCAUGUAAAAAUAUACUGAAGGAUUUUUCAUCAGCAAAUUCUGAAUCCAUUACUGAAAUUAUUCUUAAUGUCUUGCAAGAUGAUAAACUAGAUAUAUCAAAGUUAGCUGGGUUUUCUUCUGACGGGGCCUCAGUAAUGGUAGGCAAGCGUACUGGUGUAGAAACUCGACUAAAAUCAGAGAAUCCAACACUGAUUAAUGUUCACUGUGUGUGCCAUAAGUUGGCACUGGCAUGUGCUAGCUCAAAUGAUUCUUUAACAUACAUCAAAACAAUUGAAACUAUAUUACGGCAACUAUGGCAGCUGUUUGAAAACUCUCCCAAAAAAAUGGCAGUGUAUCUUAAAACACAGACAGAACUGAAAGAAAUUAAUCUUGGCGAAAAGGCGUCUAAAAUUGUAAGCAAACGACUCAAAAAAGCCUGUCGUACACGAUGGUUGAGUCUCGAGGCCUCUGUUAAAGCCGUUCAUGGAGACUAUGAGGCAAUAUUACAAACUCUUUCCAUCCUGGAUAAGUCUGGUGAUGCUGCUGCUACAGGUCUUCUAAAAAGAAUGAAAAGUAUUAAAUUCCUUGGUUCUAUGUACAUUUUAAGAGACAUACUACCUGUAUUGUCAAAUCUUUCUAAACAUUUUCAGAAAGAUUCUUUGAACUUUUCAACGAUAAGACCUUCAAUCAACCAUGCUAAAGAUAAGUUAAGAUCUUUACUAGAUGAGGAGACUCCUAUGAAAAGCCUCCAAGCAGAUAUUGACUCUUUUACCGAUAUGUGUGCAGAGAUCAAACUAUCAGAUAAAGAGUUAAAAGAGCUUCAGUCGUUGUUUACAAAGUAUGUUGAGUCCCUUAUUUCCAACAUAGACAGAAGAUUUGAAGACAGUAGUGAUAUUUUGUCAGCCUUUGCAAUCUUCGAUCCAUUAAGUAUACCACUGAACACUGGGGUGGGGUUUAAAGAGUAUGGCGUUACUCAAGUCAGGGUAAUUGCUGAUCAUUUUUAUCAAGAAAUGACAGAUGACAACAAACUCAGGGCAACAGAAAAAUUAAUCAGUGAAUGGCAGAAUUUGAAAUAUUAUAUCAAUGACAAUAUAAAACCAAACAUUCCCGAAGAUGUUAGAAACGGAAAGAAGUCAACACCUACUGAAUGGCUUUUACUUCAACUCCUUAGAAACACAACACUUGAGAACUUUUAUCCAACUGUGAUUCAAAUAGCUGGAAUUAUAUUAGCAAUUCCCAUCACAAAUACUUGGCCAGAGCGGGGGGCAAGCUGCUUAAAAAACAUAAAAACAAAAUCUAGAAACAAAUUGAGUGAAACAAUGUUGGAGAGCAUUCUGCAUAUUUGUAUAAAUGGCCCUGAGCCAGAGUCUGAGGAGGGUAGAAAAUUGGUAAAGCUAUCUGUUGAUACUUGGGUCAAAGCUAAAAACAGACGAAAACUUCCCAAAUUAAAAGUUAAAGAUAAAGGAGUCAGUUCUUUGAAUGUCCAACAGGAAAAAGUAACCUUGAUGCAGGAUGCAAGCAUGCAAACAGAUGAUGACCCUGUCAUUGCAAAAGCAAAACAAGUGCUAGACGAAGUCAGGUGUGCAAUGAAAGUUAUGGCACUCGGCGAAGUUUCAGAUAAUGACUCUGACUUUGAUGAAGAUUCUAAAGAUGAUAGUGAUUCAGAUUGGUGACAAUGACUAUUUUUCUUCCAUGUUUUUGUGAAUCAGUAUAUGACAUGUAUCUAAGUGCCUAGCUUGAAAUUUAUUCAAUGAAAUUGAAUACAGCCAUG